AUGGAAAGAGUUGAUCAAGCAUGUAAAUUGAUUUCAAUUUUAUCAAUUUGUGUAAAUCCUUUCCUUUACGGAUUUUUAAAUACAAAUUUUCGUUCUGAAUUUAAUGAAAUAUUUAUUAAAUGUAUUCAUUGCCUUCCUUUAAUUCUUCGACAAACAAUAGAAAAGAAACAAUCAACAAAAAUACAAAUUGUGGGAAUUAAAAGAAGAAGUGUUAGCAUUAAAAGGAGUAAUUCAAAUAGUAAAAAGAAUUGUUUUGAUAAAAAUAAAGAUGUAAUUCUUUAA